CUACAAAUAACAAAUCUUACUCUCUCCAGUCUCCAUUCGCCAAGACAAGACAGACAGAGACGGAAACAGGGGAAAGAGGGGACAACACAACCGACAUCGAAAGCGAAAGCACCCGCACGUUUGCUUAAAAUGUCGGAUAACUUUUGCUCAGAUUUUAAGAGGCUCACCGAGGUCGUCUUCGACCACGCCGCCGGAGACACCAUCUGCUCCGAGUGCGGUCUCGUUCUCGAGGCUCACUCGGUUGACGAAACCUCCGAGUGGCGAACCUUCGCCAACGAGAGUUCUGAUAAUGACCCCGUUCGUGUUGGCGGCCCCAUCAAUCCUCUCCUCACCAAUGGUGGCCUCUCUACCGUUAUUGCUAGGCCCAACGGUGCUUCUGGUGAUUUCUUGUCGUCCUCCCUCGGCAAGUGGCAGGGUCGCGGCGCUAACCCGGAUAGGAAUCUUAUUCAGGCAUUUAAGUCCAUUGCUGCGAUGUGCGAAAGGGGACGGAUAGUAAUUGAAGGAGAGGGAGGGGAGGCUGUCUCCUUCCUUAUGUUUGGAUAUGCAAAGAGCAAGAAGGGGAAGGAGAUGGAGGAGGGGAAAGAGGGGACAACACAACCGACAUCGAAAGCGAAAGCACCCGCACGUUUGCUUAAAAUAUCGGAUAACUUUUGCUCAGAUUUUAAGAGGCUCACCGAGGUCGUCUUCGACCACGCCGCCGGAGACACCAUCUGCUCCGAGUGCGGUCUCGUUCUCGAGGCUCACUCGGUUGACGAAACCUCCGAGUGGCGAACCUUCGCCAACGAGAGUUCUGAUAAUGACCCCGUUCGUGUUGGCGGCCCCAUCAAUCCUCUCCUCACCAAUGGUGGCCUCUCUACCGUUAUUGCUAGGCCCAACGGUGCUUCUGGUGAUUUCUUGUCGUCCUCCCUCGGCAAGUGGCAGGGUCGCGGCGCUAACCCGGAUAGGAAUCUUAUUCAGGCAUUUAAGUCCAUCGCUGCGAUGUGCGAAAGAUUGGGACUUCCUGCCAUCAUAAAGGAUCGAGCUAAUGAAAUAUACAAAAGGGUUGAAGAUCAAAAGCCUCUCAAAGGGCGAAAUCAGGAAGCAAUUUUUGGUGCUUGCCUUUACAUUGCUUGUCGACAAGAGAACAAACCUCGGACUGUCAAAGAAAUUUGUUCUGUUGUGAAUGGGACAACAAAGAAAGAAAUUGGCCGUGCGAAGGAGUUCAUUGUGAAACACUUGGAGCUAGAGAUGGGUCAUUCUGUAGAAAUGGGAACCAUACAUGCUGGGGACUAUAUGAGACGCUUCUGUUCUAGUCUGGGAAUGACUAAUCAAGAGGUUAAGGCUGCACAAGAAGCGGUUCAGAAAUCUGAAGAGCUUGACAUUAGGAGAAGUCCAAUCUCAAUCGCUGCAGCUGUUAUCUACAUUAUAUCUCAACUAUCAGUUUCCAAAAAGCCUCUCAAAGAUAUCUCUAUUGCUACUAGAGUAGCCGAAGGAACCAUCAAGAACUCAUUCAGGGAUCUUUAUCCUCAUUUGUCUCGUAUAAUACCUUCAUGGUUUGCCACCGAGGAAGAUAUUAAGAAUAUAUAUUCUAGUAGAGGAUGGUAAAUUUAGCGUAGUUCAUGACAAUAGAUGGUAACUUUCUAUGGUUGAAAUUGGGAACUUAGAAAGUAAUAUUCCCUCUUAUAACCCCACAUGACCACAUGUAAAUAAAUACUAGGCUUUUAUUGAUAAGUUAGAAUUUAUUUACGUCAGUUUUUGGUUCAAAAAAGAAAAAGAAUUUAUUUAG